AUGUCUGCCUCUUCAUCGCUGAGACGGCUGACCCACAGGGCUCCCCGCAAUCUCCAGUCCCGCAUCGCUUCCCUCUCCCGGGCCUCUUCUUCCCCGUCUCCCAUCGCUCUGAACAGCGCCAGACUUUCCUCCUCACCAGCUCUGCCUCGCGUUUCUCGAUUUUCAACCAUGGCCUCCUUGCAAUCCGCCGCUCCGAUCCCGGCUGCCGCCCAGAAGGGCUACGAUCCUGAGAUCAAGGACAUGGCCGACUACAUCCACAACUACAACGUGGACUCUGACCUCGCGUUCGACACUGCCCGAUUGGUUCUUCUCGAUACCCUCGGCUGUGGUUUGGAAGCUCUGAAGUUCAAGGAGUGCACCAAGCUCCUCGGCCCUGUCGUCGAGGGCACGGUUGUCCCCAACGGUACUCGCGUGCCCGGUACACCUUACCAGCUUGACCCCGUGAACGGUGCCUUCAAUAUUGGUGCUAUGAUCCGUUGGCUCGACUACAACGACUGCUGGCUUGCCGCUGAGUGGGGUCACCCCUCGGACAACCUGGGUGGUAUUCUUGCUGUCGCCGACUGGAUCUCUCGCACCAACCGCGCUGGUGGAAACAUUGCUGGUGGCAAGAUCCUGACAAUCAAGGAUGUUUUGGAGGCUAUGAUCAAGGCCCACGAAAUCCAGGGUGUUCUGGCUUUGGAGAACUCGUUCAACAAGGUCGGUCUGGACCAUGUUGUCCUGGUCAAGGUUGCUACCACUGCUGUUGUUUCGAAGCUUCUCGGCCUCAACGAGAAGCAGACCGCCGAUGCCAUCACGCAGGCGUGGGUUGACGGCCAGAGUCUCCGUACCUACAGACACUCCCCCAACACCAUGUCCAGGAAGUCAUGGGCUGCUGGUGACGCUUGCCAGCGUGCUGUCAACUUGGUUCUGAAGGUCCAGAAGGGUGAGGGUGGUCUUCACACUGUUCUCUCCGCCCCUGUCUGGGGUUUCUACGAUGUCCUGUUCAAGGGCAACAAGUUCAAGUUCCAGCGCCCGUACGGCAGCUACGUCAUGGAGAACGUCCUCUUCAAGGUCUCCUACCCCGCCGAAUUCCAUUCUCAGACCGCCAUCGAGGCCGCCGAAAUCAUCAACGAGAAGCUCAAGGCUCUCGGAAAGACCGCCGCGGACAUCAAGGAGGUCACCAACCGCACUCACGAAGCUUGCAUUCGCAUCAUCGACAAGCAGUUCAAGGCCAUGGACAACUUUGCAGACCGUGACCAUUGCGUUCAGUACAUGGUGGCUACUAUGCUCUCCUUCAACCGCCUAACCGCCGAAGACUACGCCGAUGGCUCAGAGGCCGCAACCUCCCCUCUUGUUGAGGACCUCCGCAAGCGUAUCCGCUGUGUCGAGGACCCCAAGUUCACCCUGGACUACCACGACCCCAGCAAGCGCACCAUCCCCAACGCCCUCACCGUCACCCUCAACGACGGGACCGUUCUCGACGAAGUCGUCGUCGAGGCACCCCUCGGCCACCGUCUGCGCCGCAGCGAGGCGAAGCCCGAGAUCCUCGACAAGUACCAGCGCCACCUGAAGGCUCACUUCGACCAGGCCCGUCUCAAGGAACUCGUCGAUCUCGGUAACGACAAGGCCGCUCUUGAGGCCUACGAGGUUGACAAGUACGUUGACCUCUACGUCAAGGACUCGAUUAUCGCUCCUACCGCUUAG